AGUGUAGAGCAUGGAGGUCUGGAUAAGUACGCAAAGAACCACAAAAGUUUUGCAAUCAACUUGUUGCAAGUGGAACCGUGAAUUAUAAAAACAUCAGAGACAGGUGUGUUCAAAUAAAGUGACAAUAUAUAUUGAUCACACAGUAGUUCCGGUCCUAGAUAUUUCCACUGUUGUCCUGAGCCGAGAUAAAAUACAAAUGUACGGCAGCCACUUGCUGCGAACACUGCAUAUAGUUUUAAAAGACAAAAAGGUAAAAGCAAUAAAAUUACAAACACAACAUGCGCAUGCUAAACCCAGUCGGCGGGCAAGAAGAAAUUACAGACCCGGAAGGGACCAAAAAAAAAAGAUAAAAAGUUUAAAAGCAGUUAGUCUGCAGACUAACUCGGAGUAAGACUAAAAACAAUAUAAAACAAUACAAAAAGGACAGCAGGUAGCAGUAUGAUGACUGGGGAACAGAAACAAUAAAAACAAUCAAUCAUUUGUUAAAAUACCCAAAUAUCAAAGCAAUAAAAUACCGUAUACCUAUGGUAUCGAGCACCAGUCAUUCACCCUGUAGGUCUGCCUUCAAAUACCGCCGCCCUGUCAUAAAAUACAUACAUUAAAAGUAUUUUAAAGAAAAAAAAAACAAAAAAACAAACAUGAUUAUAAAAAAAACAAACCAAAUUUACCCCAAUGGCUCACAGUUGCCGCACAAACAGUGUGGGCCCAGCAGUCAACCUGACCACCAACAAGAGUCUGGCUCUGCUGGUUAGCCCCGCCCACUCCUAUUUACAGGGGCCUUGAUGGCAGAGCCUCACCCUCCAGGUGUCACCCAUCACAAUCUGCAAAACACAUGAUAACUAAAUAAUUACAUUUUAAUAGAGAAAAUCAGGCUGGGAACAGUGAGUUUAAAGUGUGUGCUAGCAACUGAGUCCCUUUGACCUGCUCCAACAGCGGAUGACUGAUGUCCUGGGAGAUGGAGGGAUCUUUAAGGAGGUGCUGCAUCCUGGGGAGGGACCUCCUGUGCCUCAGAAUGCCACUGUUUCAGUCCACUAUUCUGGUUACCUGGAAUAUGCAGACCAGCCUUUUGAAACCACCACCAACCUUCUGCACCCCCGGCUUCUGAAGACUGGGAGGGAGUUGACACUGUGGGGGCUUGAGUUGGGUCUGCUCACCAUGAAGAGGGGGGAGCUCUCCCGGUUCCUCUUCCAGCCGGAGUACGCCUACGGAGAUCUGGGCUGUCCGCCUCUCAUCCCAGCUGCUGCCAGGGUUCUGUACGAGGUCCAGAUCCUGGACUACCUUGACUCGGGACAAGUGGACCAGUUUUUUGCCAUGAGUCUGGAGGAGCAGAGCUCAGCUCCUCUGCCCGAGGUUCUCCAGGUCACCAACACUCUGCGCAGCCUUGGCAACAACUACUUUAGCUGGAAGCAGCAUAAACGGGCUAAAGACAGCUACAAACAGGCUGUAAUGCUGCUGGAGAACAGGGAAGUGCAGAGCAAGUCGGAAAAGGAGGAGAUCCAGACGGCUCUGCUGCCUCUCUAUCUGAACCUUUCCCUGGCAGAGCUCCGUUUGGAGAGCUGGAACAAAGCCCUGAAGUACGCCAGCAAAGCUUUAGAAGUGGACUCCUGUAACACAAAGGCUCUCUACCGCUCUGGACAGGCCUACCUGGAGCUGGGGGAUUGUAAGACAGCUCUGAGGUUCCUCAAAGCUGCUCAGGCUAAAAAACCAUAUGACGCCGACAUCAACAAUCUGCUACAGAAAGUGGCAAUACAAUGUAAAGACAGCUUGGACAAAGAGAAAGACUUCUGCUCCAAGAUGUUCAGGAGUCGGAGGAGCCCCGAUAAGAUGUGAGGAUGCUGCUGGUUCAGCUCUGUUUCUGGCUGAAAGACUCUCCUAGGAUCUCUUGAAGGAUCUGGAGAAGUGAAUCAGACUCUCCUGUCAACAAGUCAGUUCUUUUAGUGAUUUUUUUUCUUUGGUUUGGUUGGAAACUGAUGCAAUUGGAAAAAACAAAAACAUUUGGGGUUCUUCAGGAGAAGUGCAGAGUGGACUGAAAAUGAGCCUUUAAAGAAACCGGACAGUUUCUCCACAAACUUAGAACUGCUGAAGAAGGUCAUACUAAAGAUGGUAUCAACGAGUUCUGUCUCUGAUCGAUGCUCUCUUCCUCUUGGACACAGUCAUUUUCCAAACUACACUGCUCUGUUUUUCCUGUUCAUGUUUGGUUCAUCACUCAUACGGAUGUGACAUACAAAUACCCUACAAGAAUAUUAAAGCCAUUUUCAAGUGAAGUGAUCACUCAGGUUUCCAGAAGCUGCACAGGAACCAUCGUAGAAACCCUUUUCGCCCCUCCUCUCCCCGGUCUGCGUCAUAGCCUGUAACCUCCUGCAUCCACCUCUGUGGUCCGGUCCUGGUCAGAACAUCCAUCCUUCCAUCACAAUUAUGAAGCUGUCUCUCUUCAAAUCUAAACUCUUUUUUUUUAAUCCUCCUCUCAUUUGUAUUUUAUUUGUUUCAGCUCUUUGUUUUACUGCAUUCUUGUUUUUGUUUUCUGCUGAGCAGAAAUCUUUUGGCCUUAAAAAGGUUCCUCCAAAACAUGUGUUUAUAUUUGUGUGCAGGUUUCAGGAUUCAGCAGCGUUUUUGCUGCCUGCUCUACGUUAGGACAGGAAGGACCGUUAUUCCAGCAACAAUCUGUUAGAAGUUCAGCAGUUUUCUGUUUGUUGUCUGGAAGGAAAGAUGAACAUUAAACUCAUUUCAUUACAGA